CAGUUUGAUGUUCUUAGUUGUGUCAUUUGUCCAAGUGGUUUUAAGGCUGUGGAGCAACUUAUCAGGAAGCAAACCGGCAAAUUCUGUGUUUGUUGUGAGUGAGUUUUUCUAAAGAAAACAGAAGAAGACUGUGUCAGUGUUGGUCCAGUCUCAGUUUCUCUAAAAAUGCUGCAGCUGCUUCUAUUGCUGCUGCUGUCAUCCACAGCUGACAGCCAGAGUCAGCGAGUGUCGGGCUACAAGAAGGCAAAUGCAUGCGUGUGCCAGCUAAACUCCACCAUGUGGGUGUUCCCUGCUCCGAAGUUUAAGUACGUGUUGGAGGAAGUUCACACCUGUGAAGAAUCUCUGAAUAACCUACAAGAAGAGCUGACGUUCUCUAGCCAACGUCUCCCUCUGAUCCAGGAUCAGUUUACCAACUUUACGGCUCGGCUGGAGCCCUACAACUACCUGCACUCCCAGGGCCUGUAUACAGAACUGUCCCUGCGCCAGCUGGGCCAGGAGCUCAGCCAGUUACAGGUGGACAUCGAUGUGGUCCACAGCCAGCUUAACAACUCCGAGACACAGAAACUCUCCAAAGAGGCUGAUAGACUGCAUAAACAUGUAAACAAGAUGCAAACAAUAGACACGCUUAACAUGAAGACUGUGAAGGAGAAACUGCGCUACCUAAAGAAUAAUGUGGAGACCUGCAAGUCAAUCCCCAAAGACUUCAGAGUUCAGGACAAGCACUGCGUCAGAGGUCUGAUCACCAACAUCAGUGACCCUAUCACGACUAAAGUCAGUCCUCAUGGUAAGAGCUACAUCUCUGGUUCGUGGGGAAAACAAGCCCAGAACGAGAGCGAGGGGCAGAAGAACAGUUACUGGGUUCAACCUCUGCUCAGCAGCCACAUCUGGGGCAACACUGUGCGCCUUUACCAAACCUAUGAAGACUUCAUGGCCUCAACAAACCACAGAGAAUUUACCUUUGCUUCAUCUUACAGUCAUCCCAGCACAAAUGAAGGUCCGAACGCUGUCCUGUAUGGCGAGGCUCUGUAUUAUCACUGCUACCGCUCUGCAGACGUUUGCCGGUACGACCUGGAGACCAACGAGGUCAAACGGGUGACUCUUCCAGGCACUGGUGUGGGUUUCAACAACAAGUUCCCUUAUUGUUACUACGAUUGCCGGCUCAAUAGUGAUAUUGAUGUAGAGGCAGAUGAAACAGGACUGUGGGCUCUCUAUGCCACUAUAGGUAACCAUGGUAACCUUGUGAUCAGCCGGUUAGUUUGGGACAGCGAGGUGAAGAGUCUCAACGUGACACAGACGUGGGAAACGAGGCUGUUCAAGAAGGCAGUAAGUAACGCCUUCAUGGUGUGCGGUGUGAUGUACGCAACUCGUUACGUUAAUGAGUACCGGGAGGAGGUGUUCUACGCCUUCGACACAGCCACAGGCAAAGAAGACAACUCACUAGCAAUACCACUGGAGAAGGUAGCUAAAGCAGUGGCUAGUCUGAGCUACAAUCCCACCAACAAGCAGAUCUACAUGUACAACGAUGGAUACUUGCUGGCCUACCAGGCCUACUUCAGAUCUGAAGCUUUGUAGCUAGUUAUUGUCACAUGACCAAGCCCCCCCAAAAAAGGCAAUGGCUUUUUCUGUGCAACAGCAAUCUUAGCAGAUGUUGCAAAUGCUCAAGAUAUAUCAUGUAUGCUGCAUUUAUGUUGCAAGAAAAAAAAGCAAUGAUUUAAAAAGUGCAGUUUAAGGACUAUUUUAUGCAACAGUGAUGUUAGCUACAAAUACCACAGAUAUGUCAUGUAUGCUGUAAAAACUGUUCAUAUACUAAUAAUGUCAUUUGGUAAAACUGAAUGCAAACAUCGGUUAGAACCAUAAUAAAGUCUUCAGUAACAAAAACAUCAAGAUUUUAACUAUUUUGGGUUUACAGCUUCUAACAUUACUACUAACACUGUAGGGGUAGGUUUAAAAAAUAGAUUUUCUCAUAGAAAUUGAUUUUAGUUUGAAUAAUGUGAUAUUGAUACCCCAAAUCGAUUUUUAAAUGUAAAUGUAUUUUGCUAGAAACGGCAGAGUCUGAGGUUAAAGUUCACAAAACUGUUUCAAUCAUCAAACAGCUAAUGAUGUAAACGGAUUUUGCAAAAAGAUGUAAACACAAAGCAUGCAUCCCCCCCCAUUCACCCAACGCGGACAUGCCACUGGGUGCUGAAAGGCAACAUCUCACAGAUUCUGAAGCUGCAGGUUUCAUCACUCUCCGACCAAAAUUCACUGAACCAACAGCAAAAGAAGAUCAAGACUACGCUUCACAUUUGAAAAAGAUUGUCAUGAAUUCCAUCUUCCUUUUGCUGUUUUGCUUCCACCAUGAGAAAAUCACACUUCAUGCACAGCUUUCUCUUUCUGAAUGUACUAAAAUUUCUGUUUUUUGCAUUAUUCACUUGCUUAUUACGCACCAGUCUACCGUUGUGUAAAGUGCUGCUGCCCGCUACUUUUUUCUCCAAAACAGACUUCCGAAAAGAAGGGCCAAUUUCUGCUGUUCAAUACCAAAAAAAUUUUUACUUUAAUAAUUAUGCCAAAUUAUAAAACGCUUAGCUGUAGUCGCUAAUAAAACCUCCUUAACUUUGCUCUGCUUCACUUCAGCAUUAGGUAAUGUUUAUAUGCUGAUUCAUGGUUUUCUUCAGUUUUUGAUGUACUGCAAAAUAUUUUUAAGGUGUUUAUCUGCUA